UUUUCCUCUAACGUCGAUGGUUUUAUUUACGAAUCAUCUUUCUGUCGUCUAUCAACCAAAUAAAUAAUUAUUAUUAGACAAAAUAUAAGUUAAAUUUUAAAGGAAAUCGGAAAACUACCUUAAUUAGAUGAAAUUAAUUAGAUUGUGAUUAAAUUUCUAUAUAGGACACCCCUGUCAUUACUGAAUACUACGCCUGGCACUUCCUUGUUCAAAAGUUUUAUUUAGAGGAAGGCUUGAGGGAAAAGUUGGGACACCGGUUUGGAUAUUUCGACGUUGUUGUGUCCAAUAUUGAAGACAUGGCUCAUAUCAAUCGUACAAUUUGGCACAAGUAGCGUGUGUGUGUAUCGCAGUUGUUAUUUCUUCCCCAUGGCUGUAGUUAUUAGAAGCGGGCUAACGUUGCACUGAGCGGCCCCGUGAAGAGGAAGAUGUCCACGGCUAACGUUAGCGACAACCUCCGAGUGAAGUUUCCUCUGCACGCCGCAGUGUGGGAGAAUGACUACAGGAAACUGGAAGAAGAAAUAGCACAGAAUGACAUUGAGACCGUGGAUCCCAGAGGUCGGACACCUCUGCACCUGGCUGUGUCGCUCGGGCACCUGGAGUCAGUGAGAGUCCUUCUCAGACACGGCGGUGAAGUGACUAAAGAAAACGCCAAGAGUUGGACAGUGCUGCAGGAGGCAGUCAGCACCGGAGAUCCAGAGAUGGUUCAGUUAGUGCUUCAACGCAGAGACUACCUCAAAGCCUCCACUGCUCUGGGAGGAGUGCCUGAGCUGCUGUCAAAGAUCCGAGAGUCUCCAGACUUCUAUAUGGAAAUGAAGUGGGAGUUUACCAGUUGGAUCCCUCUUCUGUCCCGGGUUUGUCCAAGUGAUGUUUGUCGCAUCUGGAAAAGUGGCGCCAGCCUGCGAGUGGAUGCCACUCUUCUAGGCUUUGAAAACAUGACCUGGAUCAGAGGGCGUAGAAGCUACAUCUUCAGAGGAGACGAUUCAUAUGCAGAGUUGAUGGAGGUGAACCAUGACGAUGAAGUGGUGGACACUGAACGCUUCAACAUAUCCCAAGAAAUGGAGGAUGUCACACUUGAGUCGAUGCAGCCUGCUGAACAGGAAGUUGCCAAAAGAUUGACCACUCCUAUUGUCAACACCUACUUGGACACGAGGGAUAUUGCUUUUGAGAGGAACAAGUCGGGGAUUUGGGGCUGGAGAAGUGACAAAACUGAAGUGGUCAAUGGAUUUGAAUCAAAGGUUUUCAGCGUGAACAACGUAAACGUGGUUAUCAGGACAAGAACGGAGCAUCUGACAGAUGAGGAGAAAGCCAGGAUAAAGAGUGAAAGGAACAUCUUGGAGUCUCUGCUGGGGACUGUGGAGCAGCACAUAAGUGCACAGGGGGACCUGACCCUUGAGUAUGCAACUGCGACCAAUCCCACUGCCAUCACUCCGGAGGAAUAUUUUGAUCCUGACUUUGACCUGGGGGACAGGGACAUCGGCAGACCCAUUGAACUGAGCAUUCGAACACAGAAGUUCAAAGGUACAUUGUGGAUGAGCGAGGAACAUCCUCUGUCCCUGGUGGAGCAAGUGACCCCCAUUAUUGACCUCAUGGCUCGGACCAGUUCCCAUUUUGCACGGCUACGAGACUUUGUGACCCUGAACUUUCCUCCUGGAUUUCCUGUUAAAAUAGAGAUUCCACUGUUUCAUGUGCUGAAUGCCAGGAUUACAUUCGGUAACGUCAAUAAAUGCAGUACUGAAGAGGAGGCGAACACAACGCCAGCAGCCACACCAACAUCUUCAGGAGAAGACGAAGAAGCUGCAGCACUGCCUCCGUUUCAAGUGUGUCCUUCAGUGUUUGAGGUGCCUGUCAGUUACCACCGCCGAGGAGGCAGCCGACACACUCCCGUGUCCAACAACGACGAGGAGCUUUUGCAGUACGCCAUCCACCAGAGUCUGCUGGAGUCUCGCAGAGGCCCGGGCCAGGAGGGAGGUUGGGAUGACACUGACGGGGAUCUCACUGACGUUAUGCCCAGUAGCCAGAGCGACAGGAGUAUCCCAGAGGGGGUGCUGGUGGAAUACGGAGACAGCCCUAGCCCUGCCAGCUCCCACUCCACCUCUAGCCCCGACACAGAGCUCCGCCUGGCCAUGGAGCUCUCUGCACGAGCUCAAGCGGAAGAGGAGAGGAUGAGGAAGCAGGAGGAAGAGGAGCUGGAGAGAAUAUUGCAGCUAUCGCUCACUGAGAAGUAAAAAAAAAAAAAAGGAAUAAGAGGGAAUAAUAAUACAACUUUUUUCAGAUCCAGAAGCAACCACCACACCUCAAAUUUUUCCUUCCUAACCACUGUAGUCAUCUAUGCAACCGCAGAUUUCUUUCUGUAACAAAUCAUUCUUGCACAGGCAAUAUCAGACUCUCGGUAUCCAAUAUUUUCCAAAAGGUAUUUUUGGUAAGAGCAUACUCCUUUUUAUAUAUUUCUAUCUCAGCAUAGUGUGUCUCCAUCCUCAAGCUUAAUUCGUGGACUCUUUGAGAUCAUUUUGAGUCUGUUCUUUCCUCGGUUUUUCCGAAUCCGAAUCACAGCAGCAACCCACGUGUGUUGAUCAAUGUUGUUGUCCGGAGUGGGGUCAAAUCAGUGUAAUUAAGGUUCUAUGAAUAACAAUGUUUGGCUACUCAAGGUGACUUCAUGUAGUGCUCGCACUCAAAAUGUGACACUUAAAGUCCAGAGCGCUGUUGUUCUGUUUAUUAUCGCCUCAGUCUCUGGUUUUUAAGGAGCUAGAAUGAAAACAACCUAGCACAAUACAAAGCUACUAGCACUGCAGACCUAAAGGUGCAGAUUUGAGUGUUUUCACUAUGAAGUCUUCCUACAAGAGUUAUUUGUUGAGUACCGUGGGUUUCACUGAAUAACGGAAAUCUCAGGGUUCCAAUUUUACACACUUUCGCUUCACUUUGGAAUUAGUUUGUUAAAUCAGUUGUUAAACUACCGGAAAUUGUAACUUGGUUUCUUUGGUGCGAAAUGGUUUCACUCAUGCAUAUCACUCUAUGCCAUAUUGAUAUUAAUUCGGAAAGUUUGCUCCAUUGAGUCAAAAGUUAAUAAGUAAUGAAUGAAUCAUAAUGCGUUUCCUCGUACUUUGUGAAUGUACAGACUCAAACAAAAGCAUGUUGCUGUGAGAGGAAGUUUGCUGCAACGAGGAUGGAGUUUCAACUUUCCCGGCUCGAUUACAUUUUUAAUAGCAAAGACCAGUCUGUCUGUGGAAUUACAGCCGUCAUGUAGUUAAGAAGCAGUCACACAAACCAUUGCUGCAGAGAUUAUUCAGUUUCCUGAAGGCAAUCUGUUUGCCUUUUGUAGCCACAAACAACUCUACACCUCCGAGAAGAAGAAAAUACAGCACAGACUCAAAGAUCAAGCAUGCCCGCCAUAUGUAGAAUUAGUUUCUUCAGCAUGUGCCAAGGGAUUGCUUUGCUCUGACAAUGCUUUUGUCUGGGCAGGAGGGACUGACAGAAAUAUGAUGUGCCACUCAGACUAAACCUUUGAACUGAUUUUGUAAAAUUUUGUAACUUAAAAACACGAUAAAGAGGUUUCAGUCGUACUAAGGUGAUGCUGAGUUACAUGCAUUAACCACUAUAGUUGAUUUCACUGACAACCAACCACUUAUCCAAGGUCUCUCUGCGUUGCCGUGUCUGACUUUCAGGGGCUUCAGCUGAAAAAAAGGACUAACUAUAACUAUCAACUUUCCAAACUGACUGAACAGUCGACUUUAAAAAAAAAAACAAAAAAAAAAAAAAAACAGGCUGGCUUUGGUUAAUUUAAUGCAGAUCUUUGUAAUGCACCGUUCCAGCUGCAGAGGUUUUUUUUAAUAUGUUAAAAAUUUUAAGAAAAAUGUGUCUGUUUCUAAAUGUUGUUUCUAAAAUAAAGCACUUUAUUUCCAUGAGGAUUAAACGUGA